AUGCCUGCUAUUAAGCUCUGUUUCCCACUGCUUCUCUGUGCUCUUCUUCUUUCCGCUUAUUUUUCCACCCCCACCCAAGCAACAGCAGCAGCCGAAGCAGAAGCAGAAGCAUUUCAGGACCAGAAAGAUAAACUGCUUCCCACUUACGAUAAUAUUCCUGGUUAUCAAGGCGAUGCUGCUGCCGGCGGGGGGGCGCCUCCAUUAGGCUUUGGCGCCGGUGGACAGUUUGGUGCCGGAGCUGGUGGCCGGUUCGGCGGCGUUGGAGCUGGGUUUGGCGGCGGAGCUGGUGGCUGGCUUGGCGGCGGACCUUAA